GCUGUGGGAACUCUGUCUUUCUUUCAUUUCCAAAACCAGACAGAUUCUUGUUUUGUGUGUGGAACUGAAUUUCUAGGAUUCAAGUCUUGAUAUCUAAAUAAUGAGCUUUCCUGACCACGACGUGCUGGGCCAGGCUUUUGAAGAUGCUCUAGAAGUGCUGCAGCAGCACUCUGACAGAGAAAUGCAGUGUCCACCAGGUUAUAAAAACUGCCUGGCUGUGAUCAACCAUCACCACCACCUCCAAGCAAGCCCCAGUUACUGUGCAGCACCAUCUGUGGAGGAGCAAGGGUACAGCUGGAGAAACGUGAUUAACAGUGCAGCGGAUUUUUAUGCAGAUGAGACUGUCUACCAUACACUGCAGAAUACUCCAGAAAGUCAAGUGAUGCAUGCUGCUGCUGGCCAGCCAAAAGCAGGGAAAGGUAGAAAAAAGCUUCGACUAUUUGAAUACCUCCAUGAGUCUCUCUAUGAUCCAGCUAUGGCAAACUGCAUCCAAUGGGUGGAUAAGCCAAAUGGUGUCUUCCAGUUUGUCUCCAAAAACAAGGAGAAACUUGCAGAACUGUGGGGAGAAAGAAAGGGAAACCGCAAGAUCAUGACUUACCAGAAAAUGGCCAGAGCACUGAGGAAUUAUGGAAGAACAGGUGAAAUCAUUAAGAUCCGUAGGAAGCUGACUUACCAGUUCAGUGCUGUUGUUUUAAAGAGACUUGCUCCAGCUUAUUUCUUGGGAAAAGAAACAAUUUAUCAUCCCUACAUUCAGUCUAAUCAAGAAUAUCAGUGUGCAGAUGACUGGACCAGCUACAAUAAUUACAUGUACAACAAUGGUUAUGCAUUACAGCAUGCUAACAGCUAGACUUGCCUGCCACAGGAACAGGCCUUUGUUAUCCUGCAAUACUUUCCAGCACAGAAACUCUUCCCUCUACAUAGCUUUUCCUUUAAGA